UUUAUGAACCUCCGGAAAGCUGACACAUUUGCAAGAAUCCUUCCGCACACGACAGCAUUUUUAUUCGAAUUGUUGUUUCGGUGCGUUUAAUACUGAUCAUUUCCGCAACCGGACUACCACUUACUGAUUAAAGCUGCAGUUAAAGAACCAUAACUUCUGUCUGCCGCCUGCAGCAUUUAAGCAAUACGUAGUGCAGUUCUCGUCUAGUUUGCCACGCGUUAACAAACAGUUAUAUAUAUGCCUGUGCACAGAAUUGGCAUUUCAGCGUACGGCACAUUUUACAGUAAAAAAUGAAGUCUCGCUCGUUAACGAUUUCGUGGUGGAUGACGUACACAAUUGCGUACACAAUUGCGAACGCGUACGCGAAUGUAUCUUUCCAAUCGAUUGCCACUAGUCUUCCGACGCCGGCUAGCGCAGACAUCCCGGUUUUCGAUUUUUCCAUUUAUUCCCUCUGCAACAGCGCCACGCCUACAACACCUGCAAAGCAGACACCGCUCCCGGAGUUGGCCGAAACAUUUACCAUUGGCGUGGAAAGGAAAAGGGGAGAGACGGUAUACUUUGGCGCGGAUGGGCAUUUUGACAAAAAUGGUCAGCGAGGUGCCACAAUCAUCCGGCAAGCAGGCACCAAGACUUCCUAUCUGUAUGAUUUCAUUACGGGAAAUGCCUUCCGCGUCGUAGAAGAAGACGAUGAACACGGUGGGCGACAGUGUAGGAAGGAAGAUUUAUGGCAGACGGGAUGUAGUAAUUAUGCCUAUUUUAUGGCGGAACUGGUCGGAUAUUCCGUUGUCUCCAGCAAGUGUAAUAUCAGCGCCAGCAACGUCACCGAUCAGGGUGUUCAGCACGCUACGGUCCGGGACAUCCGAGUGCAGAUGUGGGAGCAGUGUGUCCACGAUAACAAGCGGAAUACAGUAUGGAGAAAUCGCUACUAUUACACCGCUCCCGGUGCUAAACCAGUUCGGUUAGAAAGUAUGCAACUUGACGGACCAGAUGUUGGAAAAAUGCAAGUGUAUGAUUUUACAUACUACUACCCGGAAGUCAAAGACAAGUCUGUCUUUCUGCCCGGUCCAGGAGUUUAUUGUCCGGGUUGGGAGCGAGAAAAGCAAGACGCUCCUACACUUCCCGACCAGUUCAGUCUAACGGCGCUGACGGUGUCCAAAAAUGACCAAGCGGUGUACAGCCUUAACAUGCACUUAGACUCCAAGCACUUGUUCGUCGCGUACUUUACGGACUCGCUCAGCGGUACUCCAUCGUCUGCGGUUAAGCCCCGCACCCAGUACCGAACGAUACACGACUACACGAGCGGCCUGUCGGUUACGAUGCCAGUGUGGGGUACGUGGCAGAGGGACCGUAGUGAGUGUACCGUGUCAGCUAUCGACACGCACAGCCUGGACUCCAUCAAGUCCGACAGUUGGGCCGUUGUCCACCUGAAGAGCGCCCGCGAUCUGUUUGCGUGGAAUCGCUCCGGUGCGCUGUACGUGGGACAGCGGGACUUCAACGGGAUGCCGACAAAUGUGUGGGUAUCGCAGCGGAGCAACAACGACCCGACGAACAAUAUUACCACGACUAUGGAGACGUAUUGGCUGCAUGAAAACUGGACGUCUUCCGGUUCCCGGGAGCGCCCGCUGGUGGGAAUAUCUGUCUGUCGAGCAUUCCCCAACGGAACUAUCUUCGAGACUCUGCAAAAUACUGUCAGCGAUUUCAGCCCUUUUCCUGUCACCUGGAAACCAUUUGCCGUUGCGGACUGUCUGCGGGACGAGGAAGAGAUGGCAAUCACGUUCGGCUUGAAGGUGCAGAAUGACACGGAAGUGGAAAUACAGAAGCCCGCUUUUGAGGUGGAGAUGCGCGACGCGCUGUCCCGUCUGACCGGCGCAUCGCCACUGCAGUUCAGUGAUAUCCGGGUGAUGCGGAAUAGUAUCUGGGUGAAGGUGUCGGACUGGGUCAACAACACCGGCAGUGAGGCCAACGCGACACACUACCCAAAUGUCACACAAGUGGUCGACGGUUUGAGAAAACUGAUGGACGGUCAGGAUGCGCCGUACACGAUACAGUUUGCCAAUAGAACGCAGUCUAUGGUUUUCCUAAAAGACUCGAUCCAGAUCGCCACUUACAUUAUGAAGUCGACCACCACACCGAUCCGCCCGCCCACUCCGCCGACCACCCCCCGCCCCACGGAGACGCCUACCGCCGUCGCUCACGGCUAUAACGCUGCUGCUGCUGCACCACUUUCAAAUACAACCAGCAGUAAACUAAUGUCAUUUUCCUUUCCGUUUUCAGUGCUCUGAGUCGUAACAUAUUAACGACUGGCUCAAAACGGGUGUGUUGUUUGGGCUAAUCUCCAUAUGCCGCAUUGUUUACUUAUUGUACUGCGCCGAGAUUCCGCAGUACUACUGUGGAAUCUCGGUUAUUACUGUCGCGUAACUAAAGGUUAGCUGUGACUCGGUGAAUGUAACCUUUCUACUACCAGUACAACAACGAUAAACAACAGCGGCUGAUCCGACCCGAUGACCUUUAAUGCAGAUUAGCAGACAACAACUCGAAUGCUAACAAAUGUCAUGCAAAGAUAAAAG